CGUUUCUGAUAAUAUCUUGGUUCUCUGAAGCUCGUGCUGCAACUUUGGUCGUUUUCCCUAGCUGUUCCCUAUUUUUCUCUCCGCGGUCUUGGAAAAACUCCAGUUUAGUGGAGUUUAAACUCUAAAGCUAUCAGAUAUAGAGACAUUUAUUUGAUUCAAUAUUUCCCCCUGUAAUUAUGAGUUAAAGGGUUUGGAUGCUUGCAUAAACUGUAUAGGCAUGCCUUCAGAUCUCCGUCUUCACUCUAUGCAGAUCUUUAUGUGCAUACUUACUCCUGUGUACAUGGCAUGCAUCAUGCAAGGUAAACGAGUUGGGGUUGCAUACUACGAUUCCAAUAUCAGCCACCUUUAUGUCACUGAAAUUUGGGAAGAUGGCAGUGCAGGUUUUCCUCUCGUUGAUCUCAUAAAAUAUCAAGCCAAGCCCCUGAUCAUUUACACAAGUACAAAAACAGAAGAAUCCUUACUCGCUGCUUUACAGAGAAGUGAUGGAGCUGAAGCCCCUCAAGUGAAACUUAUGAAAAGCUCUAUAUUCAGCUAUGAACAAGCAUGGCACAGAUUGAUAUACCUUCGGGUCACAGGGAUGGAUGAUGGGCUAAGCGUCAAAGAGAGAAUUUGCUUUUUGAACUCUAUGAUGGACAUUGGAAGUGAGGUCCAAGUUCGUGCGAGUGGGGCCCUUCUUGCUAUAUUAGAAAAUGAGAGACUUGUAGAGACACUUGAACAAAGGGAACGUGGGAACGCAUCAAUUGCUGUUGAUUGUGUUACAGAAAUUUCAUUAAACAACUUUCUCAAACUGGACUCUGCUGCUUAUGAGACACUGCAAAUUUUCCAAAUAGACAAACAUCCAAGCCAUAUGGGCAUUGGGAGAGCAAAAGAAGGGUUUUCUGUGUUUGGGAUGUUGAACAAGUGCAUCACACCAAUGGGCAGGCGCCUUUUGAGAAACUGGUUUCUGAGGCCUAUACUAGAUCUUGAAAUUCUGAACAAUCGUCUCAACACUAUAUCAUUCUUUGUUUCUUGUGAAGAACUGAUUACCACUUUACGUGAAACACUGAAGUCUGUAAAGGAUAUUGCCCACAUUCUCAAGAAAUUCAACUCCCCAAGUUCUGUAUAUACAGCUGGUGACUGGAUGACUUUCCUGAAGAGCAUUUGUUCACUGUUGCAUGUGAACAAGAUAUUUGAGGUCGGUAUUUCUGAAAGUCUUCAAGAGCAUGCGAAGUAUUUGAACUUGGAUAUUGCUGAGAAGGCUGCUUUAAGCAUUUCACAGGAGCUGGCUUUUGUCUAUGAACUGGUAAUAGGCAUUAUUGAUGUUAACAGGAGUAAGGAAAAGGGGUACGGGACAGUGGUGAAGGAGGGGUUCUGUGACGAGCUGGAUGAGCUAAGAAAAAUAUAUGAUGAAUUACCAGAGUUUCUAGAGGAGGUGUCGUCAUUUGAACUUGAACAACUACCUCAUCUACGUGGAAAUAAACUUGCUCCUUGUAUUGUUUACAUACAUCAAAUUGGAUAUUUGAUGUGCAUUUAUGAAGAAAAACUUGAUGAAGACAUACUAAAGGAACUUCAAGAUUUUGAAUUUGCAUUUUCAGAUGGGGAUGGAGAAACAAAAAAAUUCUUCUAUCGUACUUACAAGACACGGGAAUUGGACAACCUUUUGGGUGAUAUUUAUCAUAAAAUUUUAGACAUGGAGAGAGCAAUUGCUGGGGACUUGGUCACCCGUAUUCUUUUAUUCUCAUCCCAUCUGCUCAAGGCGGUGAACUUUGCAGCGGAACUUGAUUGUCUUUUGUCACUGGCAUUGGUCGCCCAUCAGAACAAUUAUGUCAGGCCCAAUUUGAUUGCAGAAACCUUCCUUGAUAUACGAAAUGGCAGGCAUGUUUUGCAGGAAAUGACAGUAGACACAUUUAUUCCCAAUGAUACAAAGAUUCUUGAUGACGGAAGAGUAAACAUCAUCACUGGUCCUAACUAUUCAGGGAAAAGCAUAUACAUAAAACAGGUGGCUCUAAUUGUCUUCCUUUCCCAUAUUGGAAGUUUUGUACCUGCAGAGGCUGCUACUGUGGGUUUGACGGAUAGGAUAUUCUGUGCAAUGGGAAGCAAGCUUAUGACUGCUGAGCAAUCAACCUUCAUGAUUGAUCUACAUCAAGUAGGAAUGAUGCUUAGGCAGGCAACAUCACAAUCAUUAUGUUUAAUGGAUGAAUUUGGUAAAGGUACUCUUGCAGUAGAUGGCAUUGGUCUCCUUGGUGGAACUAUAAAUCAUUUUGCCUCCUGUGAUGACCCUCCAAAGGUUCUGGUGUGUACACACUUGACUGAGAUAUUUAGUGAGGGUUGCUUACUGAAAUCUGACAGCAUCAAGUUCUACACUAUGAGUGUGCUUAGACCUGAUGAUAGUUGUAAAGAUGAGGAAGACAUCGUGUUCUUAUACCGGCUUGUCCCUGGACAUGCACUUCUGAGUUAUGGGUUGCAUUGUGCUUUACUUGCUGGUGUACCAGAGGAGGUUGUCAGGAGAGCAGCAUUUGUUUUGGAGGCCACUGCAGCAAAUAAGCACAUUCAGCGACUGUGCAAUGAGAAAAUAUCAGCUAGAGAUCAGCAGUACAAGGAUGCAGUGGAUAAGAUGUUGGCAUUCGAUGCUCUCAAGGGUGAUCUCAACCUCUUCUUCCAAGCUAUUUUUCCUUCUUAUCUGUCCUAAAAUCAUCAAAGGUUUCGUCUGCUAAAUACCAUUGGUCAACUGUGCCAAGUUUCCCAACUGUGCAUAGGUUAACAGCAUCAU